AUGCCACCCAAGACUCCCAAGAAAGCUGCCAGCGGCCUCCCGGGAGGAGAAGAUGUCACCCUCACCGCUCGUAACAUUCAAGCCCUUGGUGCUGCUCUCCGGACCAUCGAAAACUUUGACGUCAAGUACAAGGCCGUUGGUGAAGAGAUUGGCAUUACCAAUCCUAGCAACGCUCAGCGUGGUGUUCGAGAAGCAUUGAAGAAGCUUGGACUUGAUACCACAGGUGGCAAGAUCUACGCUCUAAACGACGAGGCUGCCGCCGCUACACCUACCAAGAUCAGCAAGACUGCCAAGUCCAAUAGGAGCACUAAAGCUAAUGGUCAGAAGCGCAAUCCCGCUGAUAAAGAUGGUGACGUCAAGACGGGUGAUGAGGAGAAUAUCAAGAAGCCAAAAGUUGACGCUGAGCAGGGCGAUCUCAAGAAGCGCAAGAUCGAGAAGGAUGAAGGUUGA